ACGAAAUCCAUCAAUGCCUACCUAAUGCGACCAUGCGGACUUUCUUCCAUUCCAGGUAGCUUCUACAGGCCUUGGCUACAUGUUAAUCAUAUCCAGCACGAAGCUCGCUUCUGGCACAGCUUGCUCUUCAAGACAAAAACGAGCCUCAAACCAUGGCCCGCUGGUGCGCGUUCUCUGCACGCCACAACGCGGCUCUCCGCGGCGCAGCCGCUGAAAGUACAAUCUGAACUAGAGAAACGGAUUGCGGCUAUUCCUAUUGAUCGAUUCCGCAAUUUCUGCAUCGUGGCACACGUAGAUCAUGGGAAAAGCACCCUGAGCGACCGCCUACUGGAGAUCACUGGCACGAUCCAACCAGGUUCAAAUAAGCAGGUGCUAGACAAAUUGGACGUGGAAAGAGAAAGAGGUAUUACGGUCAAGGCACAGACCUGCACUAUGAUCUACAAUUAUGCGGGCGAAGACUACUUACUUCACCUCGUUGAUACGCCUGGCCAUGUAGACUUCAGAGCAGAGGUAUCGAGGAGCUAUGCCAGCUGUGGUGGAGCACUGUUACUUGUGGAUGCCAGUCAGGGCGUGCAAGCCCAAACCGUGGCCAACUUCUACCUUGCCUUCUCUCAAGGAUUGCAUCUCGUCCCCAUCGUCAAUAAGAUAGACCUCCCUUCCGCCGACCCUCAGCGCGCCCUUGAACAGAUGAAGAGUUCCUUCGAGCUUGAACCGGAGAAUGCUGUGCUAGUCUCCGCAAAGACUGGAUUAAAUGUUGAAGCCAUCUUGCCGCAGGUUAUCAAGCAGAUUCCUGCGCCGACGGGCGAUCCCAAUGCGCCGUUGCGAAUGCUGCUCGUCGACUCGUGGUACGAUUCUUACAGAGGUGUAAUCUUGUUAGUGCGGAUCUUCGAAGGGCAGAUUCGAGCCGGCGAUGUAAUUCGAUCUUUCGCAACCAACAAUAAAUACAUCGUGGGCGAAGUAGGCAUCAUGUAUCCCGAUCAAACACCGCAGACAACAUUGAGGGCGGGACAACUUGGCUACAUAUUCUUCAAUCCUGGCAUGAAGCGAAUCCAAGAUGCAAAAAUAGGAGACACAUUUACAACCGUUGGCAAUGAGAAGCUUGUGAAAGCUCUCCCCGGUUUUGAAGAGCCCAAAUCGAUGGUUUUUGUUGCAGCGUUUCCUGUCGACCAGAGCGAAUAUACACACCUGGAGGAAAGCAUUAACGCCAUUGUGCUGAAUGAUCGAAGCGUUACCGUAGCCAAGGAGUCAUCCGAUGCACUUGGCGCUGGAUGGCGUCUUGGUUUCCUCGGCACAUUGCAUUGUUCCGUCUUCGAGGACCGUCUGCGUCAAGAACACGGCGCGAGUAUAAUACUGACUCCUCCUACUGUGCCGUUCAAAGUGGUCUGGAAAGACGGUACCAGCACCGUCAUCUCCAAUCCGAAUGACUUCCCAGAUGAAGACUCGAACCGUGACAAAGUCGCCGAUCUGCAGGAACCCUUUGUGGAUGCUACGAUCACACUACCUCAAGAGUACCUGGGUAAAGUCAUCGAAUUGUGCGAAGCCAAUCGAGGCAUCCAAAAGGAGCUCUCUUUCUUCACUUCCACCCAAGUUAUCCUUAAAUACGAGCUGCCCCUGGCACAGCUAGUGGAAGACUUUUUUGGCAAACUCAAGUCGGCCACUAAGGGAUACGCUACACUGGACUACGAGGAUGCAGGGUUCCGCACGUCAAGCAUUCGAAAAUUGACUUUGCUCGUCAACAAAGUCCCUGUGGACGCGGUGUCGCGUGUUCUUCACACCAGCCAAGUAGAGCGUGUUGGCAGAGAAUGGGUCAGCAAGUUCAAGGAGUACGUGGAUCGGCAAAUGUUUGAGGUCGUGAUCCAAGCGGCAACCGGACGCCGGAUCGUAGCGCGAGAGACCCUAAAGGCGUUUAGAAAAGACGUCACGGCAAAAUUGCACGCCGCUGAUUCGACGAGGCGGAACAAACUUUUGGAACGUCAGAAGGAGGGCAGAAAGAGAUUAAGAGCAGUGGGCAACGUCGUGAUAGAGCACAAAGCUUUCCAAAAAUUUUUGGCCAAGUGAUGGAUCCACACUCAAACAAUGUAUAUAUGUGUACCAACAAGCAAAAAAAAAAAAAUAUGGAACCAAGUGUCAGAGAACCUUGGGUAAAGCAGAAGAAGUGCUUCCUGUAGAAGUUGAAGGUCAAAAAAUUACCAAGUGGCUGCAGAGAUGGCAUCGCCGUGAGCUCAUCCAACAGCAUGGGCUCAAGGUUUUUAGAUGAGAAUAUUUCGCUGAGCAUUCUCCCGUCAAA